AUGGAGUUGCUGUUGAUCUGCCUUUCGCUGUGGAUAUUGCAAUGCAAUUCUGCCGGAGCAGACUCCAUCAUUCAUAUUGGUAAGAACCCUGGACAGCUUUAAAGGGGUUUUAGUGAGACGUGCUGAAGAAACAUCUAGAACAUAUAACACUUGUGUAGCAGAGACAAAUGUAUGCGAUGCGCGUAACUGUAAAGCAUGAAGGGCAGCCUCAGAUAUGUUUUGCGGUAUAAAUAAUAUAUUUUGACUGCGUCAGAUGUAAACUGAAAAUGUGGAUGCAGUCAAUGUUAACUUAAGUUAUAGUCUCUUUUUCCAUCUUGGUGUAGGAAAUUUAAAUAUUUGCCGACGUCAUUUUUUAAGCUAUCAGAGAAAGUCUAGCUAACAAGUGAAUGGAAUGGAUCGAUUUCUUAAAUGUCAAUCAUUUAGCAAAUACAUUACAUUUCUUUUCACAAGUAGCAGUGCCUUUUACCCCAUCAGCUUUGGAGGAAUAUGUCACAUGAGCGGUUCACGGUUUGUUAUGCACUCCCCUCCUAAAUAAGACCACAAGCCUUAACUUUUAAUGGAACGUGAUCGCAAUAUCAAUAGUAUAGAUAGGUUGUCAAUAGGUUUUCAUUGUGAGAGAUGCAAUACUGGCAUUACACUGGAUUGUGUAGACUAAACCUCGAGGGAGCUUUUCUGUCAAGAUAUGCUUGAUGUUUUAUCUGCCAGUUUUCCAGCACCUAAAAAGCAUGAGUUGUCAUUGGAUUGUGGAGACAGAAUAAACUCAUGAUGAUACAGAAUGUUAAAGAGAGAUGGCGGGAUUUAAAUUGAUGCCCGAUCUCCACAAAAUACAUGCAAAAAUGCUAAACUAAACUAUAGCCUAUACUACCGGUAGUCAGAUUAUUUUAAAAACCUGGUUUGAAAUUGAAUUGAUAUGCCCAACCUCCACGAUACAUCCCACACCUUCCACAGCCCCCCCCACCCUCUCUCUCUCUCUCUCUCUCUCUCUCUCUCUCUCUCUCUCUCUCUCUCUCUCUUUCUCUCUCUCGCUCGCUCGGUCACUCACUCAAACACGCUCGCGCGCAGGCACACACGCGUGCAAAUAUAUGGUAGUCUAUUUCUUUACAAGAGUAAUGGAUGUGCAUAUUCUCAACAUAUAGGCAGGUAUAUAGGCAUAUUCUCAACACCGAUCAUACUGCUGUUGCACAUUUGCACCACCUUUCAAAAACAAGAUGAAACACGAGUUUAUUACACAUUUCUAUAAUAUUAGGCUACUGUUGCAUACCCUAAAUGUGUCCCUUACUUUGUACUUAUCAUACGGCAUAUAGGCCAACAUAUAAUGUAUUAUUCCACAUUGCACUGCUUACCAAAUAGGAGAAGCAAGUGCUCUCUCUCUCUCUCUCUCUCUCUCUCUCUCUCUCUCUCUCUCUCUCUCUCUCUCUCUCUCUCUCUCUCUCUCUCCUCUGGGUCAUUCUCCAGGGAAAUUGCGGUGUGAUUUUAAUAUUAAAAUACCCUAAUAACCCUGAUAACCCGGAUGACCCAGAUAAUACAAUUAAUCAUCCCACUUUUUAUUUAAUUAUACAACACUUGGUUUAUGGGAAUAUCUGUGGUUGAUUUUAUGUGGGGAUAUCUGUGGAUGUGGCUAUUGGGUUAUCUCUCUUUGUUUAAUGUGUGAGCGUGUCUGUGUACGUGCAAGUACAAUAGUUUGUCUGUCAGUAUCUCGCUCUCAAUCUUACUCUCUCUCUUGCUCUUUCAAAGAUAGUGCUAGGGAGCUUAACGGAAGCUACACUCACGCAGUAAAUGCCUUAAAUUGCUUAAAUGUGCCUUCAUUGUCAGAAUACACCAUGCCUCUAAGUAUAUCAUCACUUUAUUUUGUAGGUUUCCCAUAAUACUUCACUCAAUGACACUGGUGUAUAUGUAACCCACUGUACUACAGUACGCUGUCCUCAAUAUACACCAGCCAAAGAGUUGCAACUGACACGCAACUAUAGUGGUCAACCACAGGUCAAUUUUUCCUCUUGAUAUUAUGUCCUCCAUAGAGAUCUCUAUGUUUUCCUACACAACACGCUUAUGCUCUCAGUUCAAUAGGAUGUGAAUUAAAUACUGUUACUCUCGCUUUCCAAGUUGUGAAAUGUAUUGUGAGUCGCACAAAAUAGCGAGGCGCUUUUGCUCUCAGUAGGGACGUCAAAUGUUCAGGCUGCUGCAGACACUAUGGAGGUUCUAGUCGAUUUUUAAACUCUAAAUGGUUAAAUUAGUGAGAAAUACAGUGCCUUCAGAAAGUAUUCACACGCCUGGACUUUUUCCACAUUUUGCUGUGUUACAGCCUACAUUUAAAAUGAGAUGUUGUGUCACUGGCCUACACACAAUACUCCAUAAUGUCAAAGUAGAAUUAUGUUUUUAGAAAUGUUAACAAUUUUAAAAAAAAUAAAAAAACGCUGAAAUGUCUUGAGUCAAUAUGUAUUCAACCCCUUUGUUAUGGCAAGGCUAAAUAAGUUCAGGAGUACACAUUUGCUUAACAAAUCACCUAAUAAGUUGCAUGGACUCACUCUGUGUGCAAUAAUAGUGUAUCCCACACAUACAAUUAUCUGUAAGGUCCCUCAGUCCAGCAGUGAAUUUCAAACACAGAUUCAACCAUAAAGACCAGGGAGGUUUUCCAAUGCCUCACAGAGAAGGGCACCUAUUUGUAGAUAGGUACAAUUUUUAAAAGCAGCAUUCAUCAUGGCAAAGUUAUUAAUUACACUUUGGAUGGUGUAUCAAUACACCCAGUCACUGCAAAGAUACAGGUGUCCUUCCUAACUCAGUUGAUGGAGAGGAAGGAAACCACUCAGGAAUUUCACCAUGAGGCCAAUAAAACAGUUACAGAGUUUAAUGGCUGUGAUAGGAGAAAACUGAGGAUGGAUCAACAAUAUCAUUGUAGCCCUGGAAUUGAACCAGGGUCUGUAGUAACACCUCUAGCAAUGAGAUGCAGUGCCUUAGACGGCUGCGCCACUCGGGAGCCAAUACUAACCUAAAUGAGUUAAAAGAAAGAAGCCUUUACAGAAAAAAAAACAAUUCCAAAACAUGCAUCCUGUUUGCAAUAAGGCACUAAAAUAAAACUGCAAAAAUGUGGAAAAUUAAUUUACCUAAUGUCCUGAAUACAAAGCGUUAUGUUUGGGGCAAAUCCAAAACAACCCAUCACUGAGUACAACUCUUCAUAUUUUCAAGCAUGGUGGUGUCUGCAUCAUGUUAUGGGUAUGCUUGUCAUCGGCAGGGACUAUGGAGUUUUUUUUAGAAGGAUAAGAAACAGGCAAAUCACAAGCAAAAUCUUAUAGGAAAACCUGGUUAGGUCUGCUUUCCAACAGACACUGGGAGACAAAUUCAACUUUCAGCAGGACAAUAACCUAAAACAGAAGGCCAAAUAUACACUGGAGUUGCUUACCAAGAAGACACUCAAUGUUCCUGAGUGGCUUAGUUACAUUUUCGACUUAAAUCGUCUUGAAAAUCUAUCACAAAACUUGGAAAUGGUUGUCUAGCAAUGAUCAACAACCAACUUGACAGAGUUUGAAGAAUUUGUAAAUUAAUAAUGUGCAAAUAUUUUACAAUCCAGGUGUGCAAAACUCUUAGAGAUUUACCCAGAAAGACUCACAGCUGUAAUCACUGCCAAAGGUGAUUCUAACAUGUGUUGACUCAGGGGUGUGAAUACUUAUGUAAAUAAGUUGUUUCUGCAUUUCAUCGAUACAUUAGCAAAAAUUACUAAAAACAUGUUUUCACUUUGUCAUUAUGUGAUGUUGUGUGUAGACUGGUGAGAAAAUGUGAACAGUUUGUAUUACUACCUUACAGUACACAAGCUUGCAUUUCCACCCCAUAAAAUUGAGUGGAAUUGCACAUAAUUGUUACCUCAGAUUGGCGAAAUUAGCAUAAACGACCCCAAAUGCGGUAGUCCGGCCCUGCCGUGUCAAGAUUAAUUGAAGUUAACUAACAAAAUAUGUAGUUUGUUCCCUUUUCCGUGAUGGCAGUCUCCUGGAAUCAUCUUCCGACAUUCCAAAAUAUAAAUAUACAAGUGUUGCCUUACACUUACCAUGUUGGUGACCCACUUGAAUCAAAAUGCAACACUUCAAAAUGUAGCUAGCUGUCUUCUACAAAUUGUCCUCUAACCAGUGAUGUACACAUUAUUCCCAGAUUCUGUGUGGUUUUUGAGCUGUGUUCGUUUUAACAGGACGUGCAACCUCAUCUCCCCCCUCUCGCUUAAUUGAUUUCAAUGUGAUAAUCGAUAGGAGUGAUUGACAAAACAGUGUUGCGUUUCUCUUUCUGUUUUGGUGACCCCAUAUCAAAAUGCAACAUUCCAAAAUGUAGCUGACUGUGUUCUGCAGGUUGUCCUGUGACCAGUGAUAGAAAAACAGUGCAUAUGCCCCUUAUGGAAAUACAAGCAAUAUGAUUACUAUUGUUGCACAUGCAUGUGUAGAUACUACAUUUUAUGUUUAUGUUUUCAAUAUAUCAUGAACUGUUUCUGCAGUAUCAUUUUAUAAAUGGAUAGAUACUAUGAUUUAUCAAAUAAACCUGUUGGUGAAUGAAAAAACCAUGGGCACAGUUCACAGUUUAUUUUACCUCCAAAUAUUAAAAAAAAAAAAGUAGGCCUAUAUUGAUUUAUUUUGCUCCAACAGGUGCCAUAUUUGAGGAAAAUGCUGGAAGGGAUGAUGAAAUUUUCCAACUUGCCAUUUCUGACCUAAGUCUCAACGACGACAUUCUACAAAGCGAGAAAAUCACCCAUUCUGUAAAACUGAUCGAGGCUAACAACCCAUUUCAAGCGGUGCAGGAAGGUAAGUGA